AUGUCUCUAUUCAGCUCGCCAACGCGGGUCUUCCUCGCCGCCACGGCUCUUCGCCUCAUCCUCCUCGUCUACGGUGGUUGGCAGGAUGCCCAUUCCGCCGUGAAGUACACCGACAUCGAUUACAUGGUUUUCACUGAUGCUGCGCGCUAUGUUUCAAAGGGCCAGUCGCCUUAUGCUCGUGACACGUACCGCUAUACGCCGCUCUUGGCGUGGAUGCUUGUUCCUACGGCGUGGGAGGGUCCUGCGCCUUGGUCCACGUUGACUUUUGCCUUUGGUAAGGCGCUUUUUGCUUUGUCGGAUGUUCUGGCUGGGUGGCUUGUUGUUCAAUUGCUUGUUCGCCGCUUCCGCUUCCCUGUUGAGAGGGCGCUGCGUUAUGUUGCUGCUGUUUGGUUGUGGAAUCCUAUGGUUGCCAAUAUCAGUACGCGUGGUAGCUCUGAGGGGUUGCUUGGUGUGCUUGUUGCUGCGUUGCUUUGGGCGACUUUGACGAGGAAGCCCGUUGUGGCCGGUCUGAUCUUGGGCCUUGCUGUUCAUUUCAAGAUUUAUCCUUUCAUCUAUGGUGUUUCCAUAUUGUGGUGGUGGGAUGCUGAGCGCGACGGGGCUCAGUCUGCCGGGUCAUCUGCCGGGUCAGGUCUCGUAGCGCGGAUUAUUGGAUUCAUCACGCCGUCUCGUGUGAAGCUCACGCUUGCGGCACUGGUGAGCUUUGUGGCCUUGAACUUGGUCAUGUAUCUUCAGUAUGGCACGCCAUUUCUGCAGCAUACUUUCUUCCACCAUCUGACUCGCAUCGACCACCGCCACAACUUCUCUCCCUAUAGCACCUUGCUAUACCUGUCUGCAGCGGGUGGAGCGGAGACUCACUUUGAGGCCUUGGCAUUCCUCCCACAGCUGGUCCUUGUGGUCAUUGCCCUGCCGCUUGUCUUGGCAAAGAAGAGCUUGACUACUGCGAUGCUUGCGCAGACUUUCACAUUUGUUACUUUCAACAAAGUGUGUACUAGCCAAUAUUUCCUUUGGUACCUCAUUCUGCUACCAUUCUACCUCCCUUCUUCCUCGCUUGUCCGCAGGCCAACCCUGGGUAUCUCAGCUGCUCUACUAUGGGUCAUUGGGCAGGCUCUCUGGCUAUCGCAAGGGUACAACCUUGAAUUCCUAGGUCUCCCCUCAUUCGUGCCUGGACUGUUCCUCGCAGGGCUGUUCUUCUUUGCUGUGAAUGUCUGGAUCUUGGGUAUCAUCGUCCGAGACGGGGGAGAUGGUGCAGAUUAG